AUGGGUGACAAGGGCCAGUACGACCACCUGCCCAUCCCGACCUACGAGGAGGCCACCUCGUCCCGUCCUGCUUCCUCCCAAUCUAGACUCGGCCCACAAGAAAUCAGCGACGAUGCUGAAAGGCAAGGCCUUCUGGGAUCCUUUGCAAACUAUCACCCUCCCACCGUCGAGUCUGCACGGCCAAGCCUCGAUUCCCUCGACGGGCUCGAGCAAGAUGGCGAAGACGAAGUGCGCAGAGAGAUGCAGCAGAUGGAUGUGGAAGACCCUCAGAGCGACUCCUCCUCCCACCGCUCGCUCCUUCGAUAUAGACUGUCCAAGAGUAUCUCGAAUCUGACCAACUCGUUCUCCUCUCUGACCCUCCCCUCCUUUCGGCAGUACCUCUCCAACAUUUCAUGGCCGCGAAUAAACUAUCAACAGUUUGAUGCGAACCGUGUCGUCAUCAUCGGGCGGCUAUUCGGUGUUUUCUUGAUCAUGGGUGUUCUCUAUGUACUUAUAGCGUCGGACGUUCUGUCAUUUACGAAGAAUCGCAUGGGAAUGGGCCAGAUAUACGACCCUGAGUCUAUCAGAAUAUUUGUACAGAACCACAUGAACGAUCACGGGCACAUGCAGAAAUAUUUGCAGCACAUAACGGAUUUCCCUCACAUCGCAGGGACCGAGGGUAACUAUGUGCUGGGAGAAUGGGUGGCUGAGCUGUUCAAAGCAGGUGAGCUGGAAGAUGUGGAGAUGGAGAGAUACGAUGUCUACCUGAAUUAUCCACGAAAAGACGGGAGACGAGUAGCGAUCGUCGAGCCAGACAGUAUGAAAUGGGAGGCCAAAAUCGAGGAAGAUCAAGAGAAGUCUAUGGUAUUUCACGGCCAUUCAAAGUCGGGCGAUGUGACAGGCCCCCUGAUAUACGCGAAUUUUGGGUCGAGAGAGGAUUUUAAAACACUCGAAGAUAACAACAUCUCGGUCAAGGGCGCCGUUGUGCUGGUUCGCUAUUAUGGCUCCCAGGGCGACCGAGCCUUAAAGGUCAAGGCCGCAGAACUUGCCGGUGCUGUGGGGUGUAUCAUCUACUCAGACCCGGCGCAAGAUGGCUUCAUUCAAGGACCGACUUUUCCAGAUGGGCGAUUCAUGCCUCAAGAUGCUGUACAGAGGGGCGCGGUCAGCCUCAUGUCCUGGGUUGUUGGAGAUGUUCUCACUCCCGGAUGGGCAUCAACGCCGGAUAACAAGCAACACCUCAAACCGGAGGAGAGCGCCGGCCUCAACAAGAUCCCUUCCAUCCCCAUCUCCUGGGAGGAUGCGAAGCAUUUACUCGAGUCGCUCAGAGGGCACGGCAACCAGAUGAAAGAUAACUGGCAGGGAGUUCCUGACGUUGAAUACUGGACGGGCAACCAGGACUCUCCAAUAGUCAACCUCAAGAACCUUCAAGAUGAAGAGCAGAAGCAGCCCAUCUACAAUGUACUUGGCAAGAUUACAGGCUGGGAGCAGCCCGAGAAGAAGAUUGUGGUCGGAAACCAUCGCGACGCAUGGUGCACCGGCGCCGCUGAUCCCGGCAGUGGCACGGCCGUCAUGCUCGAAGUCGUGCGCAUCUUUGGCGAGUUGCGUCGAUUGGGAUGGCGGCCACUGCGAACAAUCGAAUUCGCUAGCUGGGAUGGAGAGGAGUAUAACCUAAUCGGCAGCACCGAGCACGUCGAAAACCGGGAAGAGCAGUUGCGUGAGGAUGGAAUCGCCUACCUCAAUGUUGACGUCGGAGUGACAGGUGCAGAUUUCCACGCCGCCGCCUCUCCCCUUUAUGAACGACCCCUCCUGCAUGUCAUAAACCGCGUCAGUGAUCCCUCCACGGGGAAAUCGGUCCGCGAAAUCUGGGACGCAGAUGGCCGGAGCAUCGAAGGCCUCGGCGCAGGAAGCGAUUUCGUUGCCUUCCAAGACAUCGUCGGAACCUCGUCCAUCGAUAUGUUCUUCAAAGGUGCCAGAUUUCCCUACCAUUCAUGCUACGACAAUUUCGAGUGGAUGGCCAAGUUCGGUGAUCCGGACUGGACAUAUCACAAAGCCAUGGGCGAGAUCUGGGCACUCCUGAUUCUAGAGUUGGCUGAUCGCCCUGUCCUCCCCUUCGAUAUUAGCGCUUACGCCAGGGCUAUUACGAGAUACGUCGAUGACCUUGACGGGUACGCGAAGUCUGCGCCCACAGCAUCAGACGCAAAUAUUCUUGACCUCUCCCCCUUACGGAAAGCGUCGGACAUCCUUGCCCAGGAGGCGCUGCGCUUCCACACCUUCGAUGCCACCUGGCGCGAUUUCAUCUUCGGGGCCGGAGGUUUCGAAUCCUCCGCCAUGGGCAAAGCUCGCUUGGACCACAACAACCGCCUCACACAUUUCGAGACGGAUCUUCUUGACCUCACCGAAGGCGGCGGACUGGCCAACCGCACACAGUUCAAACAUGUCAUCUUUGCACCGCAGCUGUGGAGUGGAUAUGACGACGCGACGUUCCCCAGUGUGAGAGACGCCGUCGACGACGGGGACUGGGCGUUAGCGCAGGUCGAGGUCGAGAAAGUGGCGGGCAUGCUGGAACAGGCGGCCACAAAGCUGAAUCCAUGA